GUGACAGGUGUUGGGCAUAUGCGGCUUGUCAAAUGAGUGAAGACAGAUUUGGGCAACGUUUAGGUUUGAUUGCGUGGGAGCUCAAUUGAUGGACGUCUGAGCAAAAUUUAGUUACAGUCGUUCCUGCGUACUAUCACAAAGCUUCGGGUAUCAACGUUAUAUCAACUUUCACGCCUACAGCCAUGUCUGACUGGUCGAGGUUGUCGAGCAUUGUUUUUUCGCAAGCAUCUGAUGCUCUGACAGAGGCCAAACAACGAGUUCAAGCCAUUUCUCAGAACGAUCUAGACCCACAGAACAUCGACUGGUCCAAAAUAUCGGGCAGUGUUCUCUCCCGUGCGUCAGAUGCUCUGACAGAGGCCAAACAACUGGUAAAUCAGGCGGCGUCCCAGAAUGAUAUAGACCUACAAAACGUUGACUGGUCCAGGUUAUCAGACAAGGUUGUAUCCCAUGCGUCUGAUGCUCUGACAGACGCCAAACAGCUGGCAAAUCAGGCCAUGUUACAAAAACAUGUAGACUUGACAAACAUCGACUGGUCCAAAGUAUCGGGCAACAUUCUCUCCCAUGCUUCUAGUGCUCUGACAGAGAUCGAUAACUGGUCAAUCAGUCAUUCAUAUGAAUCAGCUGGAGCGUUGUUGUUCAUAUCUGCGCUUACACAUCCUGCAAUAAUUCUGGCAUCAUUGCAGCUGAUGGGAUCAACUGCGGUGUUCAUGUGUUUUAUCCCGGUGCGGUUGACCACUUGGUAUUUUGGCUUCAGGAGUGGAGGAGUAGCAAAAGGUUCACUUGCAUCUCAAUAUCAGUCCAGCCACUAUGGUGGUCACGUACCACGAAGCUCUGGAUUCGCGAAACUUCAGUCAUAUGGGGCCACUAUGCCGACGGUCACCUCGACACUUGUCUCCUUAUUGUCAUAUGCUGGAGCUGUGAUUAUCUUGGGCCGGAAAUGGGGAUGGUGGCUACGAUGACGUAGUUCGGAUUGUUAUGUAUCGUGUAAUUAUAUUGCUGAG